AGCGGAUUAGUCACCCGGGGCCAGCGUGUGUGCAGGGGGUGGGCCCUACCUCCGUGCCAAGCUCGAGUGGGCGCGGAGGCGGGCUCGCAGGGUGGGCGCGCGGGCCAAUGGGAGCCGGGACUCAGCGCCGGGGCCGCCCACGGCCGCGCUGGCAGCAUAAAGAGCCGGCGCGCGGCGGCAGGCUGCAGAGCUCAGCGCCGCUGCUCCCGCUCCUCCUUCCUGCGCUGCUGCCGCCUUCCUGAGCUGCUGCUGCCGCCGCGGCACGGACCCAGAGCGACUCAGCCUCCGCUGCCCCGCAGCAAGACUCGGUGCUGCCGGUGCGCCUGUACCUGCGCACGGCCGGACCCCAAAGCCCCACCGGCCCUAGAGCAGUUCGCAGCCCGGUGCCACCCUCUUGUCCCAGCACCUGCGCGCAAAUGGAGCUGGACCACAGGACGAGUGGUGGCCUUCACGCCUACCCCGGGCCUCGAGGCGGGCCGGUGGCCAAGCCCAACGUGAUCCUGCAGAUCGGGAAGUGCCGGACUGAGAUGCUGGAGCAUGUGCGGAGGACUCACCGGCACCUGCUGGCGGAGGUGUCCAAGCAGGUGGAGCGCGAGCUGAAGGGGCUGCACAGGUCGGUGGGCAAGCUGGAGAGCAACCUGGACGGCUACGUGCCCGCCAGCGACUCCCAGCGCUGGAAGAAGUCCAUCAAGGCCUGCCUGUGCCGCUGCCAGGAGACCAUCGCCCACCUGGAGCGCUGGGUCAAGCGUGAGAUGCACGUGUGGAGGGAGAUCUUCUACCGGCUGGAGAGGUGGGCCGAUCGCCUGGAGGCCAUGGGCACCAAGUACCAGGUGGGCAGCGACCCGGCCCGCCACACGGUCUCCGUGGGCGUUGGGGGUCCCGAGGCCUGCGGCCAGGAAGCCGACGGCUACGACUACACGGUCAGCCCCUACGCCAUCACCCCGCCACCCGCUGCCGGCGAGCUGCCCGGGCAGGAACUGGAGGAGGCCCAGCAGUACCCGCCCUGGGAGCCCGGCGAGGACGGGCAGCCCAGCCCGGGUGUGGACACUCAGAUCUUCGAGGACCCGCACGAGUUCCUCAGCCACCUGGAGGAGUACCUGCGACAGGUGGGCGGCUCUGAGGAGUACUGGCUGUCGCAGAUCCAGAACCACAUGAACGGGCCGGCCAAGAAGUGGUGGGAGUACAAGCAGGGCUCGGUGCGGAACUGGGUGGAGUUCAAGAAGGAGUUCCUGCAGUACAGCGAGGGCACGCUGUCCCGGGAGGCCCUGCAGCGCGAGCUGGACCUGCCGCAGAAGCAGGGCGAGCCGCUGGACCAGUUCCUGUGGCGCAAGCGGGACCUGUACCAGACGCUCUACGUGGACGCCGAGGAGGAGGAGAUCAUCCAGUACGUGGUGGGCACCCUGCAGCCCAAGCUCAAGCGCUUCCUGCGGCACCCGCUGCCCAAGACCCUGGAGCAGCUCAUCCAGAGGGGCCUGGAGGUGCAGGGCGGCCUGGAGCAGGCGGCGGAGCCGGCCAGCCCCCAGCCCCCCGCUGAGGACGAGGCCGAGGCCGAGGCCGAGAACGAGGCUGAGAACGAGGCGCUCACGCCGGCCCUCACCAACGAGUCUGUGGCCAGCGACCGGACCCAGCCCGAGUAGAGGGCCUUCCGGCCCUGCCUGCCUGCCACACCCCGCCUGUGGCCUUUACCAACCAGGACUUUUGAGUUGGGCUGACCCCCGCAGGGGGCGCCCUCGUCCCACCCUGGUGGACGCUCCCGCUAGCCUCCCAGCCUGAUUCACACAGCACAUGCCACCCAGUUCUGGACAGCGUCCCCCAUGCAGUGAAGGAGCCCCCGUCCCCUGCAGCACCGGCCUCGCCCCCCGACCUCCGUCUGUCUUCCAGGGCCUGGGCCCGCCUGGGCCACCAGGCCCCACCCCCACCCAGCACACACACUCUCAGGCCCUGACAGCGUCCCAGCCUCCUCAUCCUGCUCCGCACCUGGGCCCUCUGUGCACUCGUGAGCCCCAGUGGCUCCGGCCAGCACGCACCACGCUCGGGGGACACCCCGAGCAGAAGCGAAAGCACACCCCGUGCCCAGUGCCGUGGGACCUCAGCUCCCGGCUAGCACCCCCUUCUGGCAGUUGCCACACAGGCCAGCCAGCCCACCUCGGACAGCACAGUGUGGCUCCGUGUCCUAAGGAUGCCCGAAGCCCAGGCGCAGCCUCAGCAGCAGCAGCAGCAGCAGCAGCAGACCUGGCCUCCCCAUCUCCUGGCCUCUCAGCCCUGUCCGUGACUCACGCCAGCUCACACGGUGACUCAGCCGUGGCAGGCAGGGGGUCCCCAGGAGCCUGAGUCCUCCAACCAGCUGAGGCAGCAGCCGGUGUCCCCGGAGCCAGGAGACUGACAACAGGUCCCAAGGCUCACCCAGAGCCCUGCUGCUGUGCCCGGCACUGCCCACUGCUCUCUCCUCCCACCGGCUGCCUGCACGGGAGGAGAUGACCGAGGCCCAAGAGGGGGUGCUGCAGAGAGGAGGGGCCCGGGAGAGCCGGCGCUGAAGAUGCCCAGCCUGAAGGCCAGGGCCCGCCGCUCUGCCCGCCUCGCCGGCCGCCAGCCCGCUGGCCCCCAGGGCCUCUGUGGCCGGAGUCCUGGUCCGACACCCCGGGCCCGCCUUGCUCCGGCCCAGCAGCCCUGCGCACUGUGCGGCCUCCUCCCCUGCCAGGGCUUCCUGAGAGCCCGGCCCAGAGGCCGAGAGGCCAGCCCCAGGACACCCCAAAGUCCGACUCCUGGGGCUCCAGCUGGCUCUCUGCCAGCCGCCGCUGCCCAGGCCCUGACCGCCCCCUCAGCACCAUACCCUGGUGCUGCAGAGCAGGGUCUGUUUGGGGGUCCCUGUUCUGCCUGCCCACUGGAGGUUCCCAGAUCCCAGAUUCCAGAGCAUCUGCAGGUGACUGUUGGCUCCUUCACUCUGUACCCCUGCCGGCCCCCCCAAAUUUUAUUUUUACACAUGAGCCAUAACCCAUCCUCUCAGGCUGCUGGGGGCCCUGGGUCCCCUGCCCCCAUACACCAAGCCUGGAGGGCCUGGCCAGGCUGGGGCCCCCCUCCUUGAAGACAGACCCUUUUAUAAGGUUUUGUUAAUAAAACGCCGAGA